GGGAAGCGCAAAGAUGGCGGUGGAUAAGGAGCUGCUGGAGCGGGAUCUCUACGGGCUCCUGGGGAUCGGCGAGAAGGCGUCCGAGAAGGAGGUGAAGACAGCGUUCCGGCAGAAAGCCCUGACCUGCCACCCGGACAAGAACCCGGACAACCCCCGGGCAGCGGAAAUCUUCCACCAGCUGUCCCAGGCCUUGGCCGUGCUCACAGAUGCAGCAGCCAGGUUUCCCACUGUUGUGCUGGUUCCUUGGCAGGCAGCCUAUGACAGGGUGAGAAGGGCAAAGAAAGAGGCUGCAGCAAGGACACAGAAACUCGAUGAGAAGAGGAAGAAAGUAAAGCUUGAUCUUGAAGCCAGAGAACGGGAAGCUCAGUCCCAGGAGAACGAAGAGGAGGAGAUCAGGAUAACAAGAUCGUUAGAAGAAGAAAUAAUCCGCCUGCGUGAGGAGGGCUCCCGGCAGCUGGAGGAGCAGCAGAGGCUCAUCAGGGAGCAGAUCCGCCUGGAAAGGGAGCAGCACAGACAAGGCAAGCAGGAAAGGAAUGGAGCAGAAGGCAGAAUAACUCCUAAGCUCAAGCUCAGGUGGAAAUGCAGGAAGGAAGAUGAGACAGGAGGGGGAUACUCCAAAGAUGUGCUGCUGAAGAUCCUGCAAAAGUAUGGUGAUGUGCUCAAUUUAUUGAUCUCUAGCAGGAAGACUGGGAGCGCUGUGGUGGAAUUUGCCACGGUGAAGGCAGCUGAGAUGGCUGUGAAGAAUGAAGUUGGCCUGCUAAAUAACCCCCUGAAGAUUUCCUGGCUGGAGGGCCAGCCCCAGAGCCAUCCCAGCACCAUCCUCCCUGACAGCACCAGCCAGCCCAGGACCUCACAGGCAGCCUCUUCCAUCCCAGCAAAUUCCUGGGGUUGGUGGAUGGGACUUGGAAGGAUCCUGGCUGAGGGCUGAUACCAUUGGUGCUUUCUCAGACACUGCUGCUGCCAGUACCCAAAGGCAUCAGUGGUGUCGGAGAGGGACUACGAGAGCCUGGUGAUGAUGAGGAUGCGCCAGGCAGCUGAGAGGCAGCAGCUCAUCGAGCAGCUCCAGCGGGAAGAUGAGGAGGAAAAGUCCCACACUUAGCACGAGAGUGUGGA